CGUCUAGCCGCAGGAGCCAUGGAGCUGAGUGAGCUGCUGUAUAACAAGUCGGAGUAUAUAGAGACAGCAUCUGGAAACAAAGUCAGCAGGCAAUCUGUAUUGUGUGGAAGCCAGAACAUUGUACUCAAUGGCAAGACAAUAGUUAUGAAUGAUUGUAUUAUCCGGGGGGACCUGGCCAAUGUUCGAGUCGGCCGACACUGUGUCAUCAAAAGUCGAAGUGUGAUUAGACCACCAUUCAAAAAAUUCAGCAAAGGAGUGGCGUUUUUUCCCGUUACACAUUGGGGACCAUGUCUUCAUAGAAGAGGACUGUGUGGUGAAUGCAGCCCAGAUCGGAUCCUAUGUACACAUAGGCAAGAACUGUGUCAUUGGCCGAAGAUGCGUCUUAAAGGAUUGCUGCAAGAUUUUGGAUAACACCGUUUUGCCCCCCGAAACCGUGGUGCCCCCAUUUACAGUGUUUUCUGGCUGCCCUGGUCUGUUCUCGGGUGAACUCCCAGAGUGUACGCAGGAAUUGAUGAUUGACGUGACUAAGAGCUACUAUCAAAAAUUCUUACCUCUCACGCAGAUAUGA